ACUCAACAAGAGACGUGCAAAAUCAAAACAAACUUUUGUAAACAAAUUGCAAGUCAUGGCUGCCGAAAAUACAACCAAAAAGCGCCUGGAAAUACUUAUGGCUGCCAAGAAACAGCUGGAGGAUCAAAUCAGUAAAAACGGACAAAUUCUGGCUACAAACGAUAAUGUGGGCAUGAGUGGUCCACUAAUUGAUGCUGAGGGAUAUCCACGCAAUGAUAUAGAUGUGUACCAGGUGCGCCAGGCGCGUCAAAACAUAAUAUGCUUGCAAAACGAUCAUAAGAAAUUGAUGGAUCAAAUACAAACAAUGCUGAAUCAAUAUCAUGCCGAAGUGUCUACAACAGAUCCUGAGCUGGUAAAUCGCGCAUCCGCCUUGGAGCUCAACAGCGAAAGAGAGCCUGGUGGCGCAAUGAUCACUGAACCGCCAUUGACGCGUGUUAUUGUUAUUGUUAACUUGGUCAGCCCCAACUCGCCGGCAGAGGAGGCGGGAUUGCGUGUGGGUGAUAAGAUAAUGCGCUUUGGUUCCAUCAAUGGCAACAACUUUCAGAACAAUUUAGCACAAAUUGGCGAAGUAGUGCGUCAUAUGCAAAAUCAAAAUGUUCAGCUGAAGGUUAAACGCCAGGAGCAGCUGAUUGAUCUUAUACUAGUGCCAAAGACUUGGACCGGAAGAGGCCUGCUAGGCUGCAACAUUGUGCUGCCACCGGAACCCAUGGACUUUUAACAAUAUAAAUGUACAGUAAUGUGCUUUAAUUUAAUUAAAUGUAAAUCUUAGUAAUAAGUAUGUUACAUUGAAGGAAAGUCUUAUGUCAUGCUAGGGCACUCAACUCAA